AUGGCUUACGAUAUUGAUUUGGAGGCAACUUCAAAGAGGGAGACUAUGCCAUCGGAGGCGCUAUGGAUUUCGAUUGCAGAAUGUUCAAAUCGAAGUGAUCUUCGAACUCAGCCCUCCGGCACUGCAGACGAUCCAAAUCUGAUCAAGAUCUCAGGCUGGUGUCCACGCGUACGCAUGGGGAGGCAGUCAGUCGACCCGUCGCAGUAUGUAAAACCGUCUGAAUGUACGAUCAAGAAGCUGGAUGGUCGCCUUCGCUUCGAGUCUCGAGGAGACUGGACGGAAUGGGAAAGCUGCGUUCCUGUGUUGAUUGGUUCGACGGAGGACUCGCAUGAUAGUCCUCUGACUCUUCAAGAUGAUGGUCACAUAUUUACCUUCCUACUACUCUGUCCUACAUUCGAGAAGGAUAUAUAUGAAAGGGUCGGAAUAUUCUAUGUGUUGCUGAAGCGCACAUCUUCUGGGGUAUCACAUCAGAACGAGGGCCAAGCUCCAGACUGGGAUGAAGACCGGUGCGACGACGAAUAUACCAUUGAAGAGCUCGAUCCUAUCGAUGAUCUCUUAAUGGUCGGUCUGACGAUGACGCAUGACAUGCGCCAGGGGCUAUACAGAACACAAGAGGACGAGGCUGACGACUAUGAUCUUAAGAAGGAUCUUGAAAGGUUCUUCGAGGAACCAGACGAAGAUUUCGAGGACAGCAUUGUGUUUUUGUCGGACUUUCCCGAUUGGGAAACACGUGUGUUCAUUGUAAGAUAG